UCCUUUCAAUUAUCGAUUUCUAUUUAAUCCAUUUCAUUUUCUUUUGUUUUUAAUAAUAAAUGUCUUUUGUUUUCUUGGCCCAAACCCUACCAGAUCCGAUAGGGAAUUUUUGUACCAGAUUUUGGGUGAAGUUAUAAAGGCUGGAGCAACAACUCUGAACAUUCCUGAUACUGUGGGUUAUAACGUGCCAAGUGAAUAUAGUCAGUUGAUUUCUGACAUAAAAUCUAAUACCCCUGGAAUUGAGAAUGUUAUCAUUUCGACUCACUGCCAAAAUGAUCUUGGACUUUCUACUGCCAAUACUAUAGCGGGGGCAAGUGCAGGUGCUAGGCAACUGGAAGUAACAAUCAAUGGCAUUGGUGAAAGGGCUGGGAAUGCUUCAUUAGAGGAGGUUGUCAUGACCUUAGAUUGUCGUGGGGAUCAUGUGCUUGGGGGGCUUUAUACCGGGAUCAAUGCUCGGCAUAUCUAUAUAACAAGCAAGAUGGUCGAAGAGUAUACUGGGUUGCAUGUGCAGCCACACAAGGCUAUUGUUGGAGCUAAUGCUUUUGCACAUGAAAGUGGUAUCCAUCAGGAUGGAAUGCUCAAGCACAAAGGUACAUAUGAAAUUAUAUCUCCUGAAGAUAUUGGGUAUGAACGGUCCAAUGAAGCUGGUAUUGUCCUCGGGAAACUUAGUGGACGCCAUGCUUUGAAAAAGCGACUUGAAGAGCUUGGUUAUGAACUUGCUGAUGAUCAACUUGAGACUAUAUUCUGGCGUUUCAAAGCAAUAGCCGACCAGAAAAAGAGAGUAACCGAUGCCGAUCUCAGAGCAUUAGUGUCGGAUGAAGUUUUUCAGCCAGAAGUUGUCUGGAAGCUUCAUGAUUUACAGGUUACCUGUGGAACUCUUGGUCUUUCCACAGCAACUGUUAAAUUAUUCGAUGCUGAUGGGAGAGAACAUGUGGCAUGUGCAGUUGGAACGGGUCCAGUGGAUUCAGCUUACAAGGCUGUUGAUCUCAUUGUAAAGGAACCGGUAACACUCCUUGAGUACUCUAUGAAUGCUGUCACAGAAGGAAUCGAUGCAAUAGCAACUACUCGUGUUUUGAUCCGAGGGGAAAACAGUCAUAUAACUACUCAUGCUCUCACCGGAGAAACAGUUCAACGGACGUUCAGUGGAAUUGGGGCAGGAGUGGAUAUUGUUGUGUCUAGCGUGAAGGCCUACGUUGGCGCAUUGAAUAAGAUGUUAGGUUUUAAGGAAAGUUCCCCGACAAAGGUUCCCGUAGAACGAACCCCAGUGUCUGCAUGAAAUGGGGUGGAGCAAUUCGCGUGCGAUAUAUAAGCUCUCAAAUCAUUAUUCCAUUUGAUUUCUUGCUUUUUGUACAAAGGUGUCGAGAAAUUUAGGGACGACCCAGAUUGGCUCUCUUGUGUAUGCACAAGUUUUGGAAAUGGAAUUGUUCAUAACCUGUAAUUGAAUUUUGGGUGCACUUUAUUAUGAAUUUUAUAAUUGAAUUUUGUGUGUUGAGAGUGUUAUUGUGCGGCUGAGAAAGCCGAAGUAGAAAGUCUGACUAAAUACAAUUGAAAUCGCUUCCUAAUCAUAAGAUUGUUUAGGUUGAUUAAGUCAUAA